CCUGAAGUGGCUCCUCGUCCCGCUCCGCCGGGUCAUGUGAGGACAUGCUGGCAGCCCGCCGGGUCAACACGGGAACAUGGCUCCGGCUCCGCUUCGCACGCCGCGGACCGCGCUCCCGCUCUCCCCCGCGGCUCAGGCCUGAACCCACACACCGUCCAUCACUCUUUAUCGGGGGGAAAUUCAGCUAUUUGAAAUGCCGAAGAGGGGAAUUUAGCGCGAGCGGAGAGUCGCCGGUGAAUGACGUCAGUACGCAUCACAUUGAACGAUGACGCCGUUUGAUCAUUAAAAAAAUCUGCCGUUAAAGAAAUGAUCGGGAAUUAGGUCAGAAAACAACCGAGCGGCUUCGGAGGUCGGCACCGCUCCAGAGAGGUGAAAUAACCUGCUCCGACCUGGACGGAGCGGGAUGACCGGCGGCUCCAGCCUCUGCGGACGGGCGCUGUAGCUGUUCACCGGUCUGUCUGCCCGCCUGCCUCCCGCGGCUCGCUCGGUCUGGGAAGACCCGCAAGAACCCGAACCAGCGGUCCCGGGCCGGACCGGACAGCUAGCCCGAGGAGGUGAAGAGGAGAGGCGCCGACACGGAACCCGGCAGCCAGGAGCCGCGGACGGCGCUCUGCUGAGACCCAGGAAAUCCCUCCGCAGCCUGGUAGCAACACGGUGCACAUUUCAGUAGUUCCAGGAUACUCGAUCCCAGGACCGGAGCAUGUGAGCGCAGCCGCCUGCGUGAUGUGAGCCUCGCCGGUCCUGCCGCAGAGAUUUCGUUUACCUGGCGCUGAAGUGAAGAAGCAGAGCUUGUCCUGACGAUGUCGAGCCGCCGGAAGUCCACCACGCCGUGCAUGGUGCUGCCCUCCGACGUGGUGGAGCAGGAGGAGGUGGAGGAGAAGGCUGCGGACAAGGAGGAAGAGGCGGGGGAGGAGCAAGAGGAGGGCAAGGUGAAGGAAGGGGCCGAGGAGGCGGCGAACAGGGAGGAAGCGGCGCAGGCUGUUCUCGUGGUUCCCACUCCCCCAGAUUCUGAUGAACCCAGUGUCUCUGCAGAAGACAGCAAGGCCGCCACGCCUCCGCCGAAGCGCAGCGCCACAAACGCCUGUGAGGAUCCGAGCAGUGAGCCGCAGACCCAGGAGCCGCAGUGCGACGCAGCGGAGGAGGGAGCGGCAGACGCCGCCGCCGUGGCCGCCAUCUCUCUCAGCAAGACCCCCAUCAUGAGGAUGAAGUCCAAAUCCGAGCCCAAGAGGAUCGCCGUGUCCCUGAAGUCAGCCGACGAAGGGGGGCCGGAGGGGUUCGGGGGAGGAGGCGGCGGCGGAGGCGGCGGCGGCGUUGAGGGGGAGCUGGGAGGAGAACAGGAACCCAUCGAAGCCCCGCUGGGCCCAAUGAUGCCCAUGGACAUGCUGCUGCACGACUCCAUGAAGCUGGGAGGCGCCGGCUUGCUGGUCAGCCCGCAGUCAGACCAUCACAGGAAGUCGUCUCUCCUGAACCCCACGGUGCUGCCUGCAGGCCUGGCACAGGUGCUUUCGGCCUUCCAGGCCCAGCAGAGCCCGGCGGCGGCUCAGCCCCAGCUGCUCAUCCCCCUCAGCAGCAUCCCCUCCUACAGCGCUGCUAUGGACACAAACCCCCUGCUGGGCUCCACCUAUAAGAAGUUCCCCUACCCCUCCAUGGCCGAGAUCAGCGGCCUGGCAGCACAGACGCAGUUUACAGAGGAGCAGAUCAAGGUGUGGUUCUCCGCCCAGCGGCUCAAGCACGGCGUCAGCUGGACCCCGGAGGAAGUGGAGGAGGCCAGGAGGAAGCAGUUCAACGGCACGGUGCACACGGUGCCUCAGACCAUCACCGUCAUACCGGCUCAUCAGCUGUCGGCCGCCAACGGCCUGCAGUCCAUCCUCCAGACCUGCCAGAUCGUGGGCCAGCCGGGCCUCGUGUUCACACAGGUUGGCCCAGGCGGGAACCUUCCAGUGACCAGUCCCAUCACCCUCACAGUAGCAGGGUUGCCCAGCCAAUCCCAGAGCUCCAGCAGAGUUUCCUGCCAGCCCAACCCAGCAAACAGUGAGCUGAAACGGGCCACCACUGUUCAGCCUCCCUCCCUCUCUCCACAGGAGAAUUCGGCCCUCAGCGCCGACACCUUCAGCAUGAGACCUAAGAAAUCCAAAGAGCAGCUGGCCGAGCUGAAGGCCAGCUACCUGAAGAACCACUUCGUCACCGACGCAGAAAUCGCCCGCUUGAUGAAAGUCACCAACUUGACGAAAGGAGAGAUCAAGAAGUGGUUCAGCGACACUCGGUACAACCAGCGCAACUCCAAGAACAGCCACGUCAUCGUUUUCCACGAUGGAGGGGGCCGAGGCGGCGGCUGCAGCGCCGCCGCCAGCACCCCCAUCGUGAUCGACUCCAGCGACGAGACCCCGGCCUCCCCCCACCCGCCCCGCACGCCUCCCGUCAGGGAGAGGGAGAGCCGGCCCAAAACCUGGAACCCGUUCCCGGACUUCACCCUGCAGAAGUUCAAGGAGAAGACCCCGGAGCAGCUGGUGGUGCUGGAGGAGAGCUACGAGAAGGGCAGCACGCCGUCGGACGAAGAGCUGAGCCGCCUGAGGACGGAGACCAAGCUGACCCGGAGGGAGAUCGACGCCUGGUUCACCGAGAGGCGGAAAAUGUCCUCCGUCAGCGCCAACUCCCCGGAAGCCUCCGAGGGAGGCAGCAUGGAGGCCGAGGCGGCCAGGGCAGAGGACGGGGCCGAAGGAGCGACGUCUUCGUCUUCCCCCGCCUCCUCGUCCCGGAAAGGCAGCCAGACUCCUCCGGGGAGUCGCGGCAGGCAGCUGCCCGGCACCAGCAGGAAGGACAUGAAAGACAAGACCAAGAAGUCUCCGGAGCAGCUCCACAUCCUGAAAAGUGCCUUCGUGCGGACGCAGUGGCCGUCGCCGGAGGAGUACGACCAGCUGUCCGAGGAGAGCGGCCUGCCGCGCUCCUACAUCGUCAGCUGGUUCGGGGACUCGCGCUACUCCAUGAAGAACGGCAACCUGAAGUGGUUCUUCCAGUACCAGACCGGCCGCAUCGAAGGGCCCAACGGCGGCGGCGGCGGCGGCGGCAGGAUGGGAGGCGGCGGCAGAAAGAGACGCGGCCGGAAUCGCGGCUGGGGCCGAUCCCGAACCAGGAAGCAGCCGAGGAGGUCCGCCUCGUCCAGCGCGGACGUGGACAGGAUGCCCCCGUCCAAGAAGUUCAAGAGCGCCAGAGACAUCCUGAAAGAGUACUACCUGAGGCACCAGUUCCUCAACGAGCAAGACCUGGACGAGCUGGUGACCAAGACCAACAUGAGCUACGAGCAGGUGAGGGAGUGGUUCGCUGAGGUCCAGCGGCGCCUGGACAUGGGUCUGGAUCCCUUCCUGGGCCCGGCCGCCAGGACGGACGGCGACGACCGGGCGGACGACGACGAGGAGCCGCGGGGCGAGGGCUCGGCGGCCGCCGACGAGCAGGCCGGCGGCGGCAUGGGGGAGGAAGACGACGAGGACGAAGACGAGGAGGACGACGGCGAGGACACGGACGACAGCGAGGUCUGGGAGCCGUCACGCAGCGUCAGAAAGUCUCUGUCCGUCUCCGAAGACUAGCGUGGGAGGAACCGCGCCUGAAUGUUACAAAGAGAAACACUGCUCGGAUGGGAGCCGGUGGCGUUUGUGUUUUGCCUCUGAUGUCGCAUGUGUCAUCCUUCCCAACCUGAACUCAUCAUUACUGUUCCUGAGAUGGACUCCUAGCUUUAGCUCCCUCAAUCAAGGUCGGUACGAGACGAGAAUCCCAGCCUGCUCAUCUCAGACUGGCACAAACUCUGAGACUGCCGAGAUGAAAUACCCCAAAAACCUGUCGCGUCGUCAAACUUUAUUCAUGCUUCUUCGGAACCGUCGUGGACGCCGACCGGUGCACAGAGACGGUUUUUACGGAGGAGCUACUGACACUUUCAAUGUCCAUUGUGCUUCUUGUUCAAUUUGCACUCCUCGCUUGCCCGGACGAAGCCGGCGAGGGACCGUUACCCACACAUCCACGCUCCUUUCCCCUGGGAAGAAAUGUCUCGAUGCUGUUGUGAGCUCAGGCUCCCAACCUCCAGUGUUAUGAAUGUUUCGGCACAGCGAGGCGGGAGAGACCGGCUUCUUCUCAGCCCCCGUUUACACAACGACAGUCUGCCGGAGACGGCUUCAUGUUCCUGGACCGGAGCGCCGUAGUUUGCAUGUGUGCCGUAAACGUCCCGCCUCCUUUCGGCUGUUCUUCGACGCGUCUCUGCUGAUCCGCCGCUGUCCCUGGUGUUGGUCGACUCUGUGCACGUGCAGAGAAGCUAUUGGUCGCCUCCAUAGUGUGCAUGUAGAGUCCUGCUGCUUUUCUCUGUUCACACACAGACGGAGACAUUUCAAAAAAUGUUCGUCUCUGGAAUCUGUUUUCAAAAUGUUUCCAGAGACGACGGAGGGUGAUGGUUUGUUGUCGUGUUAACGGGGCCUGAGGGAGGUGCUUGAAGACAUGUUGCAAAUGAAACCAGCACACACACUAUUUCUAAUUUCACGUUUUCUUUAGCACCGACGAGGCUCGCCGCCAGGACCUGAGCGUUAGCUUGUUUUCAGCCGGAUGGAGAAUGUUAAUCGUCUAAUGAUGCGUUCCCGUUGCCUCGGAGCUGGGGAGUCCUCACGCCUAUUCCUUAAAAAAAAAAAAAAAAAAAAGAAAACUUCCACUUGAUCCCACAUCAGCAAGCAGAGACCGGCCGGCCGCGGUUUUUCCGGAGGGCUUCAUUCUGAGGAGGAAUAAGCAGCACUGUAGCACGGCCGUGAGCCGAACGGUUAGAAGACACUGUCUCACUGCGCAGCCAUAUUGAAAACCCAACCUGAAGUAGUCGUCUACUGCUCCCGCGUCACACGGCGGUCCGAGGCAACUGGAAAGCAGCUUUAGGCGAAGGAGGAAAAAGUACCUUAAUGUUGAAUGAAUGCCAACGCCGUGAUGCUCUUUAAAUGACAGGACGUCCACUUAAGUCUUCCCUUUAUCGCAGCUCCUCGUCUCGUCGUUCUCUUUAGGAUUUUUAGCUCGUGGAUCUGUUGGGAAAGAGGCCACAGAAUGUGUUUUAUUCUACACUGCUGUUCUUUGUGGAAUCAUGUGCUUUUUCUCGCCUUCCUGUGAGGCGAGCGACGUAGGUUCAGAUAGUGCGAGGCUGCCGUGCCAAAGUUGAAUGUGCGAACUGAGCGGACUACUGAUGGACCUCUGCUUAGAGAGACGAAACAAGCCUUUUUCUGCAGUGUUUUUUUUUUUUUUUCUUUUCUUUUCUUUUCCGCAGCAGUUGAAAUCUUAGCGGAUAAAGUUUCACUGAGACGUGCGUGAAUGCGAGCGCCAGGCGAGGACUGAAUUCGGAGUAAAUCGACCGACUGCAGUCAGCACCAAAUCACCGCCGUGAGGCCUGUGAACCAUUUCAGGUGGAGAUCCCACACUUUAACAAACACUGUCUGACAGUGUUUCAAAGAAUGGUUUUAAAUCUGCACUGGAGAGAAGAAUCGAAAGCACCUAAACGGAAAAUUUAGAGGGAAAAAAGAAAAAAAAAGAAAAAUGCACUUUGUCCGCUUGUGUUCAUUGUGGACUAAAUCCUGAUUAGGCACCUUAAUCUCAUCUUAUACCAUGAAAUGGCUCUGAGACACCAAACCUGUUUUCUAUGAAUAUGAACUCAACCAGUAUUUUGCCUUUUUUUAUUCUUAGUGUGUUUUCACAAUGAGGAAAAAAAAACAACAACAAAACAAAAAAAAAAAAAAAAAUCACCAGUGUAUCCACUUUUUCUAACGAUAUGUGUGUUUGUGGCUCGAACCCAUCGAACAAUCACCACUUUCUCUCACUAAAUUGCACAAUUUGAGCCCCGUGUGUAACGUCCCACAAUGAGUUUUGUGUUACAUUUUGUCGUUGUGUUUUGUUGCGUCGUCGCUUUAUAUCGUUGUGCCCCCCCCCCCAGCACCCCAUAGUCCGGACCUCCUCCCCAGGUGGUCUCAGUGGGUUUUAUUGUCAUUAGUGGUCCGCAGCACACAGAAGAGACACCAGAGAACUGUUUGAAUGAAAAACGUGGUUGGGAGAGUGGGAAGCUACCAAAUAACCCCCCCUGCCCACCCCGCCCCCGUUUCUCUUCACUUUUUAAAGCACCGACUUGACGAGUAAUAAACUGCAUACUGUCGCGACCACUGUUUCCACUGGGGUGGGGGGGCAGGCCGAAGCUUUGCUGGUAAACCUCUGUGCCUACAAGGCUCGAAACACCAUCUCUCCGCUCGGGAUAUCCGCAGGCUUCGGAGGAUUUUUAGGAGGAAAGGCGUGUUCCUGUCCUGGGACAGGCUUCCAGGAUCCCUGUGGGGUUCAGGAUCCAGUCGCGUCCUGUCACCGGGAACUUGUCACACCCGAUGCUCGGCACCUUCGGCUCUCCGGCAGAAUCCCACCGGAGCUGGCGGAGAGCUCAAAACUUCAUGUUCACGUGACAAGUGCCUGGCCGUGGCGAUCACGACGUGUCGAGCGUUCUGUCUGAUACUGCAUGCAAUAACCAAGGCGAACAACGGCUCUUUUUGUACAUACAGUAUUUGGGGUUGGCAUACUUGGCACAGUUGAAGCCUAAUUUGAGCUCCAGUAGUCAAACAGUACUGUCAAACAGUUGGACCCGAUUACUUUUCAAAGUUCUUCCAACUCCGUUCGGUUCUUGGACUGGAACAGCUCAGCUGCUGCUGCUAGCUCGGGAGACUUCGUUACAAUCCGCUAGCCUCAUUUCGAGCCAUAUUUUGGAAGGGCUUUGAUUUUCUUUGUUUUGUUUUAAUUAGUCCAACUGUGACGGUUCUCGGAGUGUGUUUUCCUGACUUUAAUCUGCUACGCAGCGGCCCACAGGUUAGGCUCGCUCCUGUCUCCAAGUAUCCAGCCCACGGUCUUCUACAGUGUGCUUUCCUAUAGUCGCUCUGUUUUCAAUGGGUUUUUUUUUUUUCUUUUCUAUGUUUCUAUCUACGAAACCUGUGCCCUUACAGCUCUAUCCAGAUCUCUUAUUAUCACCACAGGCACAUACAAAAUAUGUACGGUAGACUAGUGUUUUUGAAGUAGAGUCAGUUUUAGAGUUCAGUCCGUGUUGCCAAAGGAGCUUUUCGGUUCUUUGGCCGCAGAAACGAUAGAAUCACAAUUCAGAAGAAAAGACAUGCUGCUGGUGAGACGAACAGAAGGAAUAGAAAAUGCUAAAAACGUUCCUGUUUGGGACUCCAAAGUUCUUCUGUCCUCGUUAGGUCAGAUUUUUUUUUUAAACCUUAUUUUAAUCUUCAAAUAGCAGAAACAUAGGAUUGUUCCACGUAAUGAAAGGAUUAGGAAUGACUUGUGUUCUAUUUGAGGCGUUUCAGUGAAAUCUGUAGUGUCAAAACGCCAUAAAUCCACCGCUGUGUGCAGUUCAGAAAGGUGUUUGAAGCCGUGAAAACGAUUCAGAGGCCGGGUACAUUCUGCUCUGGUCACCAGUCAUCACAUAACUAACAAAGACAAUCAUUCACACACACACACACACACACACACACACACGCACACACAGGUGUGAGUUGGUGAUUAACCUAACCAGCCACAAGGAGAGAAACUCACGUUCACUUCAAAUACUCAAAUCAUGUAUUUUAAAGGGGAGAUAGUCGAGAUAAAUUUGACUCCUUUAGUCAUAUUUCGUCCUUAAAAGCCUUCGUUUUUUUGCUAAUGCUGAUUUUAAAAAAAUCAACUUAGACCGUCUGUAUUCAGAUGCAUCUUCCCGUCGUCGGCCGCCGUGCUCACAGUGCUCACAUGUCCGCUCCCUGAGGUGUGAUUCUAUACCCGGCGCUCACCUUGUAUCCCAGUUAACCUCCUCGUGCAGUAGAGCUCCCAGCUAACCCCGUGGUCUGAGUAGUUUACCUAGCUGUCUUAUUAUGCUCAUUAUGACAUAUCUGUAUCCUUCGCUAUACUUCUGCUCUAGUCCUCACUCGUUUUCUCUGUGUAGGCAGGUUCCGUGUUUUCUUAUAGCAAUCGGAGGAUUGCCAUGUUUUCACUCUGCUUUUUGGUAAAAACAAACAAAAAAAACAAUCAAAACACUCCUGAUCAGAAUUGUAAUAUACUGUACGUAUAUAUAUGGGAAUGUUUUUUAAGUUUUAACCUUCAGAUUGUUUUUUUUUUUUUCUUUCCUGAUCUGAUUUGUACUUGCUGACAGUUCUUACCCGCCGGCUUAUUGCUUCUGAUAAGCUUCUAACCCCCCAAAACGGAGCAGUUUUCACUCUGUUGCUGCUUUCUGCAUAUUUCCAGACCUGUGUGGCCGAGCCGUGACGCGGACCUCUCAGAUCCACGUGCUUUCACACACACGGCGGACGCAGAGAAAACGGCCGGACGCUUGACCCUAAUGGUGGAAACAUGAAAUCACUUCUCCCUCUCACGCAGGCAGAUGUGGCUGAAUCCUGAUGUCAAUCCUGUGAAAAUCUGCCUUGAACCGGUACGACUUGCUUAGAUUUGAGCGUGGAGACGACUUGCUGUUUUCCCCGUCACAUCCUGCCUCUGCCACUGACGUUUCCACCGCGCGUCCGGAGAUCUGAGAGCGUCGGUCACGAGCUCGGCGCGUCCAUGUGAUCGCUUCUGCAGUAUUGCUAUGAAAAGCUAACGAAAAAAGAAAAAAGAACAAUGUCUGUGGCCCCCCGCGAUCCUCAGCUCGUCCCAGCUGUGAGAUGAUGUGUGCAAUGUUCAUUUGAAAUCCCAGCUGUCUUUGAGGCUCUGGCUUGAUUUCUAGCUUGAUUUAGAAAAGAUUUAUAUUUUAUACUUGUUUGAGGACAGAACCCAAUAAAUUUUGAUCAAAAGAUG